CGCGCUGCUGUUAGAGGAGUUUCCGUGCGCUCCGGUCCGUCUCGCUCCCGUCUGGAUCCCUACCGUGAUGCUGACAGCGAGGAUGAGGAAGACGCCCUCAACUCCCUUAAUUCGUCACCUCUGAGCGGAGUAAAACUGUAGGCUCCUGAUCCUGUCCGCGUUUCACGGAGAUGAUGAUAAGGUGUCACACUCGCAGCUCUCGGCCAGGCUACGGAUGUCGUCUUGCGCCCCGGUGGCGUCGCUGAGUAGCGGGGAGUCACUGUGCCAGAUCCGGUCACACCGGGAAAGUUGCGCUUGAGAGUGCUGUGUGGGACAUGGGAGCACGCCUGGGCCGUGUGGGAUACGCUGGUGAAGGAUCGGCGUCCUGAGUGGCGAGCUGUUUGUUGGUGUCGGGAGAACCAGGGUGCGUCGCACCGGCGCCAUGCGCACCGAGCACAGCUUCGUUUUGCUGCUCCUCAACGGGACGGCGUGCCUGUUGGUUUUGGCACAGGAAGAUCGCCACCCCUACUCUUCGCUGAGUCCUAAGUCGUCCUCUCUUGCAGAACCCUCUAAGACUCUGAGUGUUCUGGGCGGUCAGGGCUCUGUCUCCCCCCUUAGCCGCUGGGUGCUGCACAGCCGCAGUCGAGCAGCCAAUGCUUCAGCGCUAGAGCUACCCUACCGCUCACCUGUGCCCUUCUCCAAGCAAGAAUUUUGGGAGAUGCUGGGUAGUGACCUCCUCAAGCCUGACACCAGCUCUGAUGACGAUGCCUCAGCAAGCUCUCGUGUCAAGCGCCGUCCCAUCGUCAAGACAGGCAAGUUUAAGAAGAUGUUUGGCUGGGGCGACUUCUACUCAAACAUCAAGACAGUGCGUCUCAACCUGCUCAUCACUGGCAAGAUUGUGGACCAUGGUAAUGGGACAUUCAGCGUCUACUUCCGGCACAAUUCCACAGGCCAGGGCAACAUCUCUGUCAGCCUGGUACCACCUGUAAAGGCAGUGGAAUUCGACUUGGAGCGCCAGAGCGUGGUGUACCCUAAGGACUCCAAGAUCUUUAACUGCCGUGUGGACUACGAGAAGGUGGACCGCAGCAAGCGCACCUCACUGUGCAACUAUGACCCAUCCAAGACCUGUUUCCAGGAACAGACCCAGAGCCACGUCUCCUGGAUCUGCUCCAAGCCCUUCAAGGUCAUCUGCAUCUACAUCUCCUUCUACAGCACAGACUACCGGCUAGUGCAGAAGGUCUGUCCAGACUACAACUACCACAACGAGAUGCCCUACCUUCCCUCUGGAUAGAAGGAAAUGGGCAAAGGGGCAGAAAGACAGGGAUGGGAUUUGAGAAGAAGUACAACCAAGGAGGGAGGGAUGAGGAGAAAAGAGCAUGAAUGAAUGAUAAGGUUGGAAGUAUUGAUGUGGGAGAUGUGGGUAUAUUUUAAAUUGUAGAAAAGCUCUCUUCAGGGUGUAUGUGGGACCUUUUAGGGAAUUGUACCUGUUUGGAAAAGACCCCUUUGCAAACAGAGCAUUUUUCCAUGGAUUGUGUUUGAUCAUCUGUAAUAUUUCUAAGGUGAAUGUAAGGCAUUUUGCUCCUGUGAUAAAUGUCUUUAAAGAAACUCUCUAAAAAAAAAAACCUGACAAAUGUGACUGCAAAGCUCAACAUAUGCAAAUCAAGCUCUCUAGUGCAGUUAUGCGGGUGAGAGAGCACACUAACAUGAGGCUUUGGUGACAGGCAACCCCCACCGGUGUGCUUUUUACGUAUCAUCGGGCCUACAUCAGGGCAAGGUGACAUACAUAUCCAAGAAAUCAUAAAACAAAGAAACAAUUACUAUGUUGAUUUCAAUACGCCUACUAUGCAGAUGCUAGGGGUGGUGUUCAGGUUCCUGAGGACAAAAGAAGUCUAUACUUUCAGUGUAUAAUUCAGGUUGAACUCUCCAGAACAGCCAACAGCAACUUAGACACACAUGACCUCUGGGUAUCCUCAACUGCAAAUGUUCUCAAAAUAAAAGAGGAAAGAGAAAGAAAGAAAUGAUUAAGACAGUGGAGCAUGCAAAAGCAUGGCAAAGAUAAGUGAAAGAGAGAAAAUGCAAAAGUGAGAGAGGGUUUAGGACGCUUUUUAAUUAAAAGUGAAGCAGAGAGAGAUGUUGAGUAUGAAUUGCAGCAUCCGCUCUAUUGUUCUAGCCAUAUGAGACGGGGAAAAAAGAUUACAUUUUGUUGCUGACAGGACUCCUGAUUUCUCAGCAUGAUAAGUUACCCACUGAAUGCAAGAUUGCUCCAUCCUUUUCUGCUAGAGUCAGCCUGUAAUCUGUGAUUAAAAAGCAGAAUAUUAUGGUGAUAAUUAUGCAUAAUUUAAGAAUAUUUAAAGACAUUGUUAAAUGGAUUGGAUACAUUCAGAUAUUCAUUUGGCCUGGGAAAUCUUUUGACAGGCGAAAUUACUGUAUUAGACAAAUCAGCAGUCAACUUGACCUUCAAUAGCUUUGUGAUUUAAUGACCAUUUCUGUUAAGGUCAUGUUGUAAUAAACAGAUUAACUUUGAUAGUGGGUGAGGAGGUCAGAAAGCGAAAGAGUAUAAAAAUUAAGAAAGGAGGUGAGAAAGAAGAAUGGAAGACAGUAAAAGAACAGUGACAUGAAAUGCAUCUGUGAAGGUCAGGGAGUUGACAAACAGAGAAGAAAGUGGUCAGGGGGUUGUUAGAACACUAAGUAAAUAGGACAGAUGUAGAAAAGCAAAAAAGAAUAUAAUAAGCAUGACUUGAAUGAUGAUGCUAAAUGCAGUAACAAUAGCACAAUGUGGGACAUCAAAGCAUCGUGCUGUUCAGUUCAAUGGAAGAAAAAAAUGAAGAGAAAGAGAGAAGGAGAAGGUAAAUGGCAGACUUUUUAUGAGUUUAUAACUAAAAGCAUGUCUUGCCUGAAGAGAAAGCCAGCGUAGUGUAUCCCCCUCAGGCCUGCACAUUAGUACUGAUAUAAAGGCAGGAGAAUCCUGAACGCUAGGACUAUUUAUGCUCUGUUAUGAAGCCCUGUGCCCAUUCCAUUUAUCUCAGUCUACUCCCUUUCCAUCCUACAUAGGCUCAUUAGGAACUGCUCAUGGAGCCAUUUUUCAAAUGUUCUAUAUGAGUGCUUAAAAAAACUAACUCAAUCAAAUAUAAUACCAGUCCUACUACACUGUUCAGAUGCAAAUGAUCAAUAACUUUAAUGGUCUUUCACUGUUUAUACUCAAAUAGUGGCUAUUUCCUCAUCCAGUUAGCUCCAUUAUAUCCCUCGUCAGGUAAUUCCUAUAUCAGAAGCACAGAUACAUGUGCAGAGAUAUACACACUAGGCCUGGUGUGGUGGUUCUGUCGACUCUGGAGCCUGCAUCUUAACUACACGCUAAACCCUUCCAGUUUAACUACCUGCUAGUGUCCUCCAGUUUAAAUAGACUCUAAUCUCCUCCAGUUUAACUACACUCUAAUCUCCUCCAGUUUACGUACACGCUGAUCUCCUCCAGUUUAAUUACACUCCAAUCUCCUCCAAUUUAACUACAUUCUAAUCUCCUCCAAUUUAAUUACACUCUGAUCUCCUUUAGUGUAACUACACAAUCUGAGUAACUACACAAAGUGGGACAUGCUCAUUCACUCUUUCUUACUCUUACACCCCACACACAUUCACACAGCCUUUCACACAGACAUUCUUAUUGUUUUACAUAUACAUAUACAUUUGGAAAACAAAAGCAUACUCUUGGCAAAAUAAUCUUCAGGAUUUGAACUCUCUCUCUAUAUAUAUAUAUAUCUUACCAUCAAAUACUGCUUCUUCACCUUUCCUCCCUAGCAGCUGGACCCACAUCUGUUACAUGGUACACACAUCUGGAUUACAAUUCACCCCAAAUGCCAAACUUUACAUUAUUGCUUUGUUAAACAUCACUGUCAUAUCACAAGCUUCUCAUCGUCCUGCUGAAGGAUCCUGUUAAGUGUUGCUAAGACACUCAUUGCCUAAAUAUAAAAAAAAAAAACACUUCAUGGUUUAGGAAAUUAUUCAGAUGCAGAUGCAAAAGAAAGGGAUUUUUAAUGGUCAGAGAGAUCUUUGUGGGACUUUAUCUUCAGCAAGUAAGCUAAACCAGCUUAAUUAUUUUACCUAAUGUAGCAUCUGUUCUUUACUCAGUCUGUUCUCUGAAAAACAGAUUCUGUCAUCGAGCGAGCUGUCAUUCGUGGACAGCAAUUCAGCAAUAGGCCUCAACCGGAGAGUGAAAGGAAAGGAUGAACUUGUGCUGUCACGCACUGGUGGGUGUUGCCAACAAAAGGAGAAAAGUUCAAGUGGUGGAAUGUGCCAGUUGUCAUAGCAACCGGCCCCUGUAAAUUGCGGACGGAGCCUCGGACACUUGGCUCUGAACUGAGUUAGUGCUCAAUACAAACUGAAACUGAGCUCACAUAUGGCAGAUGGUACUGUCGGUACUAUAUAAAAUACAUCAUUAUAUAAAUAUAUAAAUAUAUAUCCUCACAAACCCAGCAGUGGGACUGGAUCUAUUGUAUGGGACACUCAAGUAGACUCUCUAGCUCAUUUAAGGUUUGUUUAUUUCUCUAUUUUUUACAUUGUUUCUUUUCCAUGUGCAUCAUGUUGAUGUAGUGUAUGGAUGAUAAUGGUGGCAUUUAUUGUGGUUUUCUGACCUCUGGAAAAAAAAAAUCAAUAAACUAGACAGGUGUGCUGAAUUUCCCUUCUGGGUUCCAAGGGCUAAAGCAAUUUAUUGGGUGUCCAGGUCUAUGUGCAAAGGGCCAGUGUGGCUGCAGGUUUUCAUUCUAACCAAGCAGAAGAACAUCAAUCGUUUGAAGACAAAUCAAUUGAGUAAACAAGUAAAAUCAGGUGAGCAGUUAAGGUUGGACACUACUGGGUUGAAGUGUCUUCACAUCUCAGCACUGUUUUGACAAUGAUAUGACAAAAAGGAGUACAUGUCAACAAUGAGUGUGUCAGAAAUGUAACAGAUGCUGCCUACUCAGGUACUAUUCUCAAACAGGAAUCCAUCUAUCCAAGUCCAAGUCUACUGUUUGCUGAUUUUUUAAGGGCAGCCUAUAUUGUCCUAUGUAUCCUAGCCAAAAUGGUAUCAUACUUGCAAACAUGUAUCAACUGACAUGACUCAAUUCAUAUGAAAAGAUAGGAAGGUUAGGGUUAGGUCUAGGAGCAGAAUUAGCAUUUGUAAAUUUUCUCUAAAACUAAACACAGUCAUGAUUCAUUUUAAUUGGUCCAAUUAUUUAUUAUGAUAUCAGGUUGAUCCCAGGAGUACAACACUAGCAUGGUAGGGAAGAUUGUAAAGUUUAUGCUGUAUGUUAUGGUAAAUUAGUUAUUAAUUGAUUCCACAGAUUAGCAUGUUGGUGCAGAGGGUAGCAUUGCUGCCCCAGUGCAAUCCUGAGCUCGGGUUAAUGUCUGUGCAGAGUUUCGUAUGUUCUCCCUGUGACUUUGUUAGUUUCAUCUGGGUUCUCUGGUUUCCUCCCACUUCCCAAAAAAUGAGUGUGUAAAUAGGAGUGUAAAUGUGUGUUUGCAUGAUGCCCUGCAAUGGUCUGGCAUCCCAUCCCGGGUGUACUCCCACCCAGUGUUCCUGGGACAGGCUCGCAAGGAUAAAGCGGAUACUGAAGAGGAAUAAAUGAAAAGACUUUUGGAGAUCACAGAUUAUGGGCUCUAUUUUUCCAGCCAUUGUGUAAAUAUUUCAUCAUUCAUUUCCAUCAAGCCUAGCAACUACCAAACAUAAAUGUAUGUUAACCCACUUACAGUUUGCUUACAAAUCUGGCGAGCAGUUCUUUGUAACUGUUUUGACUUAAUUGUAAUUUUAUUUUUGAUAAGAAAUCAGACAUCAAACCAUCUAAUUACUAACGGCUAAUGUUACUACAUCAGGUAGCUGUCGAUAAAGUCGUGAUGUAAUGUUGCCUCCUGCAUUUGGUAUGUUCGUAGCUAUGAAAGCACAGGCAGCAAAGCAUCAAGGUAUCAAUUCUUUUAUCUGCCUUCAGUUUCAGACAAACCUGAUGUGGAAGUCUUCAUUAUUACUGCAUUUGCAUACUCCAAUUGAAUGCCCAAGGCAACACAGAGAUCGGACAAAAGGUGCAGGUAAUAAUCCAUAGGGAGAAGCAUGCGAGUGAGAGAAUGAGAGAAAUUGUGUUAGAGGGAGAUUAAUGGCACAAUAUUUUACACAAUCUCUGUACCAACUCAGGCAAAUUUCAUUUGCUCCUUCUUUUAUUCUAUCAUGAUAUUUUUACCUUCUUUCCAUUAUAUUAUUUCCCCACCUCCUGCAUUUUCUUAAUCUAUAUGUCUGUUUCUGUUUUUCUGACUUUCUCACAUUUUUGUGUUUAUGAUCAUCAUUUGGAGGCGUAAUUGACUUUAAAUCUGCCUGGCACCUUAAUUAAAUCUCUGACUACUGAUAACAAGCAGAUGAGUUCAAACAGUCAGCACACAGCACAGCUUAAACAAGAUCAAUUAUAGCCUGGUUAUGGACACCUCCACCUCUCUGCUCCAUCUCACUCACAUCCUCACCCCUCUCUCUUUCUCUCUUUCUCUCUCUCUCUCUCUCUCUCUCUCUCUCUUCCUUUAUCCAUCACUUCCCUCCUCUCUUCCUUCCCUCAUGGCAGACACCCCCUUUAUUUCCCUGUAAGAGUGCAGCCUGCCUCAGGAUAACCUUGGAUGAGAAUGAUGAAAGGAGGGGAAAAAAGUCAACAGGAGGGAACGUAGAUCUAAUUUGGAAGGUCGGCUCCCACUCAACGCGACGUAAUGUAAUUUAAAAGAGCAGAGUGCCUCCGAAGCCAAAUAACCUGCAAGAGAUCAUGAACGAAAACAUAGCGCAGAGAAAAAGAGGAAAAACAUAAAGAACGGCAGGAAAACAAGAACGAAAAAUUAGAAACUAUUGAUCAAGAAGAGUGAAUCCUGAAAGCUGAACAAAUGAUUGGGCUUUAAAGGCUGAAUAGAUUUAAAUCUACAACUCAGUCUUUUAAUAUGAAACUAAUGAGCAGUUUAAAACCAGAUGAUUCAGUAAUCUUAGGCUGUACUUUUAAGUCAGAACCUUUCCUUAGCAUUUGUGUACAUCCUACAUGAAGUCUACUCCAAUCAUGUCACCUUGCGUUGAAUAUUACAUGGCUUGUUUGGGUGGUUAUAAAUUCUAGCUCUCUAAUGUGGUUCUACUUGGAACUUUUAAAAAAAAUCCUAUAUUAGACAGCGGUUUUGCAGUCAACCAUACUUUAAUGACUACAUUUCCCCUAAUCCAUGUAUCAUCAUUUCAAUCCAUAUCCAUUUUGAAAUUUAAGAAAAAAAAAAAAAAGACUUCUGAAUUUACCAACAUAUUGCUCUGGCGAUGAAUUUACAUAAUUUUUUUUAUUUUAGCAGACAAUCGAGACUAUGAAUAUGAUAAUUUUGAAUAUUGGCCUAUAUACUGAAUUGUAGUACUAUAUAUACUAUACUAUAUACUGUAUAUAUGUUGACAGUUCAUCUGUUUUGACCCCAAUGAAAGCACAAGUGGAUGACAACCUCCUAGAAAUGGUAGAUAAAUUAGGUAAAUUUGUUGAGCCCACAAUAUAAUUGUGUUUAAUAGGUAUAUGCAGUGGGUGAGAUUGUUGGCUUAACAAAUUUACCUUAUUCAUUGAUCUGGCCACUGCCAUUUCUAGAAGAUUGUCAUCCCUUUGUCCCUUCCUUCCCUUGCGGUCUUGGCAAAACCUGCAGAUGCUCAUGGCCAAGCAUUUCUCUACAAUGAUUUAAAGCAGCUUGGUGUAUGUCAUUCUAUCAACUAUGUCAUUCAUAUAUGGCUCCAACAAUGCCCUCUUUACGACCUAUUUUAGCUACUUAUUCAAGUCCUCGCACUGUAUCUUCGCGUGCUAGAGACCUUUGCAUUUGUAGAUGAAACGAGGUGCCUUUUUUUCAUUUUCCAUAUUUCCCAUUUUAAUGUUAAGAAUGUAAAAUGAGAAAAACUCCAAGCAAUCCAUGUUUGUUUUGCAGAAAUACAAUGGAAGAAUGAAAAAAAAAAGUGUAUUUACAUUUUUCACAGAUUCCUCUUAUACCUAUUCAACAACAAAUUUGGCUGCCAUCUUAAUUAAAUCCCACCAGUGUUUUGGGCCAAUCAUGGGCCCUUCUUACUUUUCUUAUUUCAUUUUUUAGCUCCACCAUAACCUCAGCUCCAUCAUGACCUUUCCAUGGCAAACGUCUAAUUCUGGUACGUUUCAAGUUACUCUAUUAUAUUCAGAACCACAAGAGGGCCAUGCUAAAACCACUGAUACACUAUGGGGAUUUUGAAGAACACAAAAACCUUUAUACCACUUACAGCAAGAUCCAGCAUUGCAUAAAAUCUUGCAUAUUUUAGCCUUUGGUCCAACAGCAGGUUGUCAGCUUCCAGUGUGGCCAGAACAAAGCAAUGUAUCAUUUGUGCUAAUAAACGGACAUACAGGUUCAGAAUCUCAGCAAUUCUUCCGUUCUAUACUCCUGUUCUAUUCACUAGAAUUAAUCAUUCCAAAGUAAAGAAAGUAAUGUGAUUUCAUGCAGUAUUUUUAUUCUGUUCUGCUGUUCAGCAUGUUUGGCUGAUUGUGCUGCACGUUUACCUACUGUAACUUUAACUGUUCAUUUCUAACCAGAAACACUAGGGUUAAUCUUAUUUUUCAUUUAAAACAGAGCAAAUUUGAUUUAACAUAGCGAUUUAAUAUAGUCUCGAUUUAAAAAAAAUUCCCUCCUAGUUGUUCCAAACAAAACCCGUUAAAAACCCCUUUAAGCAUUGUUCUUUAGAAAAUACAGCACUGUAAAAAUCUGCUGUGCUGACAAAGUUCUUGCAAAGAUGGAGUCGCUCAGAGUCAGGAAGCUCUGCUCUGCCAGUAAGCUAGUAGGUAAAUUAGUCACCUAUAUAACACCACUCAAUAACCCUGAUAUAACAAGUUCUAAAGUCACUUGCCUAUAAGUCUGAUGAAAUGCCGCUAGCUUUUAGCUGAUAGUUCAACUGCUAAUCACUUAGUGACUUUCGAUAAACGGGGUGGGUUCAACUCACAUCAUGAAAUUAGCAAUAUGGCACUGCUCUUGAGCUUGGCUAAUUUCAUUUUCAAAUAAAGAUAUCGUAAAGUAGAUUUAAAAUUAUCUUGAUGUAGAAAUAUUUUCUACUUUAGACAAGGGUUCUUGUGUUCUUACGCUUA